ACCAGAAAUGCCAACUGUCCGAACCAGGCAAUGCAUGCUGCCAAUGGAGUCAAUCUUGUCAAACUCUCACCCUUCCAAAAGGCUUCACUCGUUUUGCAUGCCCGCCACGAGUCUGUUCGGUGCCCCUUUUGCCUAGUACUUCCCUAUACAUACAGACUUCAGCACGGAGAAAGAUACGUCUAGAGAGAGAAAAUAGAGGAAAAGGGAAGAUAUGGAGAGAGAGAUGGAAACCCAGGACAGGAAUGCUCUGGCGACGGAGGCUCCUCUUGCGCCGGUCACCGCUGAGAGACAGGUUCGGACCGACUUGGAGAAAUAUAUCCCAAAGCCUUAUAUGCCCAGAGCAUCGGCUGCACCUGAUACAGAACAUCCAUACGGAACACCAGGCCAUAAGCAUCACGGUUUGAGUGUUCUUCAGCAGCAUGCAGCGUUUUUUGACAUGGACAACAACGGAAUCAUUUACCCUUGGGAAACUUAUUCAGGGUUUCGUGCCCUUGGCUUCAAUCCUAUUGCAUCUCUCAUAAUGGCUAUAGCUAUCAAUGGAGCUUUAAGUUACCCUACUCUUCCGGGGUGGAUACCUUCUCCUUUUCUCCCCAUAUACAUUGCCAACCUUCAUAAAUCUAAGCAUGCGAGUGACUCUGGUACUUACGACACUGAAGGAAGGUAUAUGCCUGUGAACUUCGAAAACAUCUUUAGCAAGUACGCUCGCACAGUGCCCGACAAACUCUCAUUUGGAGAACUCUGGGCCAUGACCGAAGGAAAUCGGGAAGCAUUUGACCUCUUUGGCUGGAUUGCAAGUAAGGUGGAGUGGGGAACGCUAUAUGUCCUCGCACGGGACGAGGAAGGAUUCCUCUCCAAAGAAGCCAUUCGACGCUGCUACGAUGGGAGUUUGUUCGAGUACUGCGCCAAGAUGCAGAUGGGCGACGAGGCAAAACUUGGCUGAAAAUAAUGUGUCAAAUAUUGAAUGCACAGAUCGGUUGCGAGGUGAAGUUUUUUUUGUACAAAUACAUGUAUGCUGACUACUUGUGGCUGAAUAUUCCAAUACCGGUUGCCUUAAGUAUAGACAUGUCUGCUGUAUGUGAAAUGUUUUGUUUUUGCCUUCUGUGUGCAAUAAAGUCAGAUUAAACUGAAA